AACCCUUAGCGUAGUUUAUCUCCGGGAAAAAAUGUACUUGAAGUCAAGUUUUUAAACAGAGAAGUCCGUUAUCCAAGCCAUCGAGUGGUACCAUUCCGACGAACCGUUAUUGCAAAUAUUUUCGUUUAUUGGAUACGGGACUUACGCGAGUGCUAACAAUAAAUAAAAAUAUGAAAUCAUGGAUUACAGUUUUUGUUUUCAAAUUAAUUAUUUUGGGCAGUGGAAUUCGUGGCAGUUUAUCAGAAACAACUGACAAAACUUAUGCAUCGGUUGAGCAAUGGUUCCAAACGUUAAAUGAAGGCCUGUUAACCGUUAAUCAAUACACUGCAUACUAUGCUUGGGAAUUAAGCGUCAAUGCAACACCACAACUGUCUCAAGAUUCAGUGGAAUUCAAUAAAGCGAAGUCAGAAUGGCAAAACAACCGCUGUUCGGAUGUUGCUUAUUUACCGAGGAAUGUCAAUGAAAUUUACAACAGGAUGAUGGAUAUUCUGUGCCAAAGUCCGGCAUUUUCAGAUAUGGAAACUGAGGUCCUGUCGACGCUACUAUUUAGCAUGCAACGAAUAUUUACCGAAACUCAAGUCUGUUUACCGAAAAUGCUUGAUUUGUGCUCGAACUUGCCGAAAAUUUGGGAGUAUACCUUCGUUAAAGAUCCGGAUGGCAGUUUCCAUCGCAUAGCUUUGACAAAAGAUUCGACGAACGUUGAACAGGCCUAUUCUAAGGUUGGCAUAGAUAAAAGCUUCAGCGGUUCAUUUAAAUGCUAUGAUGGUGAACCGGAUCUGGAACGUAUCAUGCAGGGUGAUUUUGCAAUAUUGAACGAUGGAGAUUGUGUUCUCGAUUUCUCGAUUAUUUUCCGAUGGGUGUGGGAAAGCUGGAGAUUGGCUGUUGGAAAUAAAAUCGGGGAAAUUUAUCCAACUCUUGUGCAGUACAUGAACUUCGGUGCUAGAAGAAGCGGUUUUAAGGAUAUGGGAGACGCAUGGCGUGAAGAGGAGCAAAUACCGAAUUUAAGAGACGUUGUUACAUCGCUGAACAAUGAGGUGAAGCCAUUUUAUGAACUUUUACAUGGUGUACUGCGAAAUCUACUAUGGGAACGUGUUCACAAAUUCGAACCAUUCGUGAAAAACGAAACAAUUCCUGCUCAUUUGCUUGGCAGCAUGUGGGCGCAGAGCUGGAUUUUGUACGAGAAACUGAUAGCUCCUUUCAAUGAAGUCGAUCUCGAUGAAAACUUUUUUAAGACCAAUUGGACUGUCAUAGACAUGGUCAAACAUGCAGACGAUUAUUAUUCGUCUAUGGGCUUGCCGCGAAUGACGAAGUCAUUUUGGGAGAAAUCUUUAUUCCGCAAAAGUGGCAGUGGUCUCAAAUGUCAUGGAACGGCUGCAAAUAUGUUCACAUUGGAUGAUUUCCGUAUGAUUGUUUGUGCUGAACUUACCUUAGAAGAUUUUUAUGUGAUUGUACAUGAAAUGGGACAUAUACAGUACUACAUGGCCUACCAGAUGCAACCGGCAAUAUUUAGGGACGCCAACAGUGCUCUACAAGAAAGCAUUGGUGAUGCUAUAUUCCUAGGCGUUAUGACUCCGCAACACCUGAAUCGAAUGAACAUCUUACCAGACAAGUAUUUGUUCGCAGAGAAGCUGCCCAAAUUUAGUCAGCCGUUUGAAAAUAUGAUUCAUGCCUACAAAACGAACAAUGACUUCAAGGAAUAUUCCGAUGACGAUAGCCGUCGACACAAGCAUUCACUUUCAAUGAUCGAUUUCUUGGGCAAGGCCUAUCCACCCAUUUCCGAUCGAAUAGAUAAAAUGCGAAACUACCAAAACUUUACGUCUAGCUUCGACGGAUCAAUGAAUUCGUUCGACCUUUCUUUACUGCUACGGCAAGCUCUGGCCCAAAUACCACAGAUUCCUUUCGCAUACAUUUUGGACAUUUUUCGCUGGGAUCUGUUCAGUGGCGACGUGUCAUUCGACGAUGCAAACAAUUACUUUUGGAAAUUGGCGAAAGAACAGCAAGGAAUUCAUCCACCGGACCAUGAGGACAGGUCACAAUUUUUCGAUCCAGGCGCGAAGUAUCACAUUGCUGAUAAUACUCCCUACGUCAGAUAUUUCUUGGCCAAUUUCAUUCAAGCUCAAAUUUUUCAUGGACUGUGCCGUGUAACUGUAUUUGGUGAAAUAAAGCCGAAUCAAGUGCUACCAAUGCCAUUGCAUCGAUGCGAUUUAUAUGGUUCAAAACGUGCAGGAAAAUUAUUGAGAAAAGCACUGAAAAUUGGAAAUUCACAGCCAUGGACAGAGUCAUUGUUCAUCUUAACGGGCAGCAGAGAAGUUAAGGCUGACUCGCUGUUGCUAUAUUAUGCACCGCUGAUUGAAUGGUUGGAAAAGGUUGCGGUCGGAUAUGAUAUUCCGAUUGGUUGGUAAUGACUUCAAUGAAAUAUAAAUUAAAUCUUCUUCGUUCUAAUCAUUACUGGUUGGUGUGUGUUUCUGUGUUCAAUCAGAGAAAAUUAAAUCCAUUUUCCAGUAGUUUUUUCUCUUCUUUAUAUUUUUGAAAAAAGGAUUUCACAUUAUUUACAAAAAGAAAACCCAAAAUGUUACAGGAAAUGUUGUCUAUCCAUUACACCAUUGUACUAAUAAUAAACUAAAUUAUUAAAAUAAAUUAAUGUUACACAGUUGCAUGUACAUGUUCCAAAAAGAGAAUUCAUCGUAUAACUAAAUAAACAAUAAUAA